AUGUCCACCGCGCCCGCGCGGCGCGCCCACCCGCCGCUGCAGAACGGCGCGGGGGGCCACGACGGGGACGACGAGCGCGAGGAGGAGGAGGAGGAGGAAGUGGGCGAUGACGAGGCGGAGGAGGACGAGGACGAGGAGGAGCCGCGGCUCAAGUACCAGCGGCUGGGCGGGAGCGUGCCGGCGAUCCUCUCCACCGACGCCGCGGCCGCCAUCGCCGUCGCCGACCGCAUGGUCGCGCUCGGCACCCACAACGGCACCCUUCACAUCCUCGACUUCCAGGGCAACCAGGUGAAAGAAAUUGCUGCACACACAGCAACUAUCAACGACAUAAGUUUUGAUGGGGACGGUGAAUAUAUAGGAAGCUGCUCAGAUGAUGGCACAGUGGCAAUAAACAGCCUCUUCACUGAUGAAAAACUAAAGUUUGAGUACCAUCGCCCCAUGAAGGCAAUUGCUCUAGACCCUAAUUAUGCCCGGAACUAUAGAAGAUUUGCUACUGGUGGUUUGGCAGGCCAAGUACUUGUGUUGACAAAGAAGUCUUGGGGAGGUUACCAUAAGAAGGUUUUGCGUGAUGGUGAAGGGCCAAUCCAUUCGAUGAAGUGGAGGGCGGACCUUCUUGCUUGGGCUAACGAUGCAGGGGUGAAAGUGCAUGAUAUGAGGACAGACAAAGGAAUUGCAUUCAUAGAGAGACCAAAAGGCAUUCCUCGACCAGAGUUCUUGCUUCCCCACCUAGUCUGGCAGGAUGAUACAGUCUUAGUUAUUGGAUGGGGAACAAGUGUCAAGAUUGCAGCGAUUCGAACAGAUUUAUCUCAGGGACUCAAUGGCCUACAAAGGACUAUCACCACAGCUAGUUCUGAGAAGUAUGUGGACAUUGUGGGCUCAUUCCAAACAGGCUACCACAUAUCUGGGAUUGCUCCAUUUGGUGACCUUUUAGUCGUACUUGCCUAUAUUCCUGACGAGGAUGAAAAAGAGAAAACAUUUAGUACUUCUGUUACUUCACGACAGGGAACUGCACAGCGUCCAGAAAUACAUCUUGUAUCAUGGAAAAAUGAUGAAAUUACUACAGAUGCUCUGCCUAUUCAUGGUUAUGAGCAUUACAAGGCAAAGGACUAUGCUCUUGCGCAUGUGCCUUUCUCAGGAAGUAGCAAUGCAGGUGGACAGUGGGCUGCUGGCGAUGAACCUUUGUAUUACAUUGUGUCUCCUAAGGACAUAGUGGUUGCAAAGCCAAGAGAUGCUGAAGAUCAUAUUGCUUGGCUUCUUCAACAUGGUUACCAUGAAAAAGCAUUGGCUGCAGUUGAGGCAGGGCAAGGACGCACUGAGCUUCUUGAUGAGGUGGGUUCAAGAUACCUUGAUCACUUGAUAAUUGAAAGAAAAUAUGCUGAAGCUGCUCAGCGCUGCCCAAAGUUGCUGCGAGGAUCUCCUUCAGCAUGGGCGAGAUGGGUCUUCCACUUUGCUCAUCUUCGCCAACUUCCUGUUUUGGUCCCUUAUAUACCUACAGAAAAUCCUCAGCUGAGUGAUACUGCGUAUGAGGUUGCCCUUGUUGCUCUAACUACCAAUCCUUCUUUCCAUGAACUUCUCUUGACUACUAUAAAAAAUUGGCCACCGACAUUAUACUCAGCUUCACCGGUCAUAUCUGCCAUUGAGCCACAGCUAAACUCCUCAUCGAUGACUGAUUCAUUGAAAGAGGCAUUAGCAGAAUUGUAUGUGAUCAAUGGUCAAUAUGAAAAGGCACUUUCUCUUUAUGCUGAACUCCUGAAGCCAGAAGUAUUCGAGUUUAUUGAGAAAUACAACUUGCAUGAUGCCAUUCGUGAUAAGGUUGUCAAUCUUAUGAUAGUGGAUAAUAAAAGAACAGUUCACCUACUGAUCCAACAUCGUGAUAUCAUUCCCCCAUAUGAAGUUGUGGAGCAGUUGUUGCAUACCAGUAAAAACUGUGACAAGAGAUAUUUGUUACACCUAUAUUUGCAUGCUUUAUUUGAGAUAGAUAUACAUGCUGGAAAGGAUUUUCAUGAUAUGCAGGUGGAGCUUUAUGCAGAAUACGAGCCAAGGAUGCUACUACCCUUCCUCCGAACCAGUCAGCAUUACAGGCUUGACAAGGCAUAUGAAAUCUUUGCACAAAAGGAACUUGUAAGGGAGCAGGUUUUUGUCCUUGGUCGAAUGGGCAAUGCUAAGGAAGCUCUUUCGACAAUUAUAAACAAACUGGAAGACAUGCAGGAGGCUGUUGAAUUUGUUACGGAGCAACAUGAUGAUGAACUGUGGGAGGAACUGAUUAGACAAUGCCUCCAGAAGCCUGAAAUGGUAGGGAAUCUAUUGGAACAUACCGUUGGCAAUCUUGAUCCUCUUUACAUUGUCAGUUUGGUUCCUGAUGGCUUAGAAAUACCUCGGUUGCGGUAUCGUCUUGUGAAAAUUGUGACGGAUUACCGGACAGAAACUUCAUUGCGAAAUGGAUGCAAUGAUAUACUGAAGGCUGACUGUGUUAACCUUUUGGUUAAAUACUACCAUGAGGCUCGGCGUGGUGUCUACAUGGCAAGCAUGGACGAGGAGGUACAUGGAAACAGAACUGAUGAUGGAUCCUCUCGGGGGCAUGAGAGAUCAUCUAGUGUCCGGGCUCUAGAUAUCAAGUCCAGAACGAGAUGUGGUGCCCGGUGUUGCUUGUGCUUCGAUCCUUUGCCUAUCCAGGACAUAUCUGUCAUCGUGUUCUACUGCUGCCAUGCAUAUCAUCUGUCUUGUCUUGAAGGUGGUUUAGACUCGAUGAGAUCAAACAGUAAUCAGGAUAGUGACAGUGGCACGGACGAUGAGGAUGGUUCCCCAUCAGGCCAGUCUCGUAUGCGCUGUGUAUUGUGCACUACUGCUGCUGCAUAA